AUGGCUCCCCAUGAAGCUCAACGUGAGCUCCUCUUUAUUUGGCUUGCCAAAAAGAUGGCUUGUGUUAUGGUUCUUUGUUAUAAAAACUAGGGCACAAAGUUUUAGCUCUUGCUUCCUUCUAAUAAACACGAGCACAAAGUUUAGUUUUUGCUUCUUUCUUAAUAAAAUCUAGGGCAUAAGUUAUGGUUCUUGCUAAAAUGGAGAAGGGCUUUAUUUGGUCAUGUGGAAUGCUUGUUGUUUUGGUAGUUUUUGAAGGGACUGUUGUUAAUGGAAAAAGUAAUAUGCUUUUUGUGUUUGGGGACUCACUUCUUGAUUGUGGCACCAACAAUUACCUUGGUCGUUCAAUGAAACACAGGGCUAAUUACUAUCCUUAUGGCAUGAGUUUCAGUGGUGGAAACGCAACUGGUCGCUAUUCUGAUGGCAUGGUUACACCAGAUUACAUCGCCCAACUUGCGGACAUUCCUCACCUCAUCCCACCAUACUUGGACCCCACGGCGGAUUUUUCGUUUGGAGCCAACUUUGCAUCAGGGGGAGCAGGAGCUCUCAAGGAGACAAAUGCAGGGGAGGUGGUGUGGUUCUCUACACAAAUAGAACAAUUCAAGACGCUUCAAGAGAAGUUUAGGAGAGAACUAGGCGAUAUGGUAAAUCAUCGGAUCUUCCCUGAAGCUGUAUAUCAAUUUAGCAUUGGAAUGAACGACUAUAAGAUGUAUGUUCAAGAUCCACAGCUCCAAGAUAAAUAUGAAUUGCUUACAUACGUCGAGAUGGUGUUGGAACAUACAUUCGAGGAAAUUGAUAAACUAUACGAACUCGGUGCUAGGAAGUUCUUAGCUCCGUUGCUAAAGGAUCUAGGAUGCAGUCCUGGCAUGCGAGCUCUUAAUGAUGGCGAGUGCCAUGAAUUGGCUACUUUACUUUGUGAAUCUCACAAUCUUCUUUUGGAGUAUGGAUUGUUUAUAAGAACAUUGCGACACGCCGACUUUCAAUACAUCGUCUUUGACCAGAUCCCGUUUAUGAAGGAGAGGAUAGAAGCUCCACAUGAAUAUGGAUUCCUUGAAGGAAGAGAAGCAUGUUGUGGAUCUGGUCUACUCCGAGGUGAGAACACUUGUGGAGGAAAGAAUGACACCCCAUACGAGCUCUGCGGAGACCCCUCAAAACACGUAUAUUUCGAUGCGUUCCAUUGCACCUCAGGCAUAAACCGACAAGCCUCCUUUACAAUGUGGCACGGCAACGAUCCUACAGUGAGGCCGAUCGCUCUCAAGAAAUUCUUCAACUCAAAUAUUCCAAUAAUUAACAUAGGUCACAAAGGGAAACCUGAUAUACCUUCCGUUGUAGAGGCGAGCUCACCUCAAAAUGGUCCAGUGGUGGCUGACGUAUAAGCAACGCAUGUCCGUUAUGGAGGCAAGUACAAUGCACCUAAGCUUAGUGCUGGGGCACAAUUAUAAAUAAUCUUGCCAGACUACUUAUAAAUAACCUUUGUGGGAUUCUAGUUUGGAUUCUAGUUUGGAUUCUAGUUUUUAUCUAGGACUUGAGUUCUGUAUCUCCUACCUAAUCCUAUCUAGUGCCAGUCUCGUGUUGAUGUUCGGUUAUCUCAAGUCCAAAAUAAGACUAGUUGCAUUAGUUAAGUGUUUAUAUAUGUUUAUUAUUUGCUGAUUUC